UGGCAAUAGAGAUAAAGGAGAUGUAGAAAGGAAGAUAACAAAUUUGCAAACUACAUUUGCUCGAGAAAGAAAGAAGCUGAAGGAUUCACGGAAAACGGGGAGUGGAUGCGAAGAAAUAUUCCUAGUUUGUAUCAAAGUCGAUCGACGUAGUACAACCUGUCUACACUACUUCGAUAGUGUAGACGUGUUGUUCGUGUUCAUUGGUCGUCGCCGAUCAAUGUCGAUCGACAUCGAUCGACGUCGACUGACUAUAAUGUGGACGCAGCUUUAGCAGCAGCAAUCAGCAGUCUACGGUCUUAGCCCUUAGCCAGGGCCUACUCUAUCCAAACAAAUCAAAAGGAAUGUGCUGGCCAGUCGCCUUAUAGAGCAGAGGCCAUUGGAAAGAAAGAAGAAGAAGAAGAAAAAUAUUAUUGUAUUGUAAAUAAUCACGAUUAAAAUAAUAAUAAUUUAUUUCAAUAAUGCUCAAUUAUGUUUCUAUAGUAUAACAAUGUUUUUUUCUGAUGUGCCUAUUUCCAAUUCUAGGUGCUAUUUGGAAAUAUAAGAUUUCACACUAGGACUUUUUCCUAGAAAAAAACAGUUCAAUUCAGAAUGGUUUGUGAUAAAUGCCAAGCAAAAUGUGGAAAAGUUAUUACUCCCGAUCCGUGGAAAACAGGUGCCAGAAAUACUACUGAAUCCGGAGGUCGAGUAGUGAAUGAGAAUAAAGCUCUUACAGCUUCAAAGAAUCGGUUCAAUCCAUACACUACCACAUUCCAAACUUGCAGGAUAUGCAGACAAAAAGUCCAUCAGGCAGGUUCUCAUUAUUGCCAAUCUUGUGCUUAUAAAAAAGGCAUAUGUGCUAUGUGUGGAAAAAAAAUUAUGAGUACAAAAAACUACAGACAGUCUUCAGCAUGAAAACAAUUUGGAUUUAUUUUACUUAACAAUAUACAAUGUUUUUCUUGAAGGGAGGAUGAUUGAAAACAUGCAGUAUAUCAUUGUUGAAGCUUUCCUGGGUUGGUAUGAUGUAAUGAAUGAUUAAUAAUUACUAUAGCUUUCCCUUUGACUUUCCCUAAUAGUUUGGUAUGCCUAUCUUGGCUGUCUUUACCAGUUUUGGGAUAAUAAUUACAGCUGUUUUCCAAAUGCACAAAAUAUACUAAUAUUCAUUAAUUGCCCUGUAUGUUGUCACCAGGAAGGCUGUGAUUUUGAGUUUUCAUGUUUUCCUCUGAUCAUACAAAGAUAAAACAGGGACUAUAAAUCCUUUCUUGUCUCAAACCAACAAAAACAUGAUACACUAUUGGGGAUUUAGGAAGAUUUUUGUUAUAUUAAAACUCACAAUUUAUAAAUAAUUUGAUAUAUUUCAAUAUAUUUACAAAAUAUAUAUUUAAUUCACCAUUAAAAUCUGUAGAACCUUCAACAAUACUUAUAAAAUAUAUAGGCAUCAAUACAAUAUAUACAAAAAUAUCAUUAACAACUGUAAUAAAAAUAUUUGAGCAUAUGUAGGUUUCACAAUCAUAUAUGACAUGACAUACUUAUUUGUUUUAUUUUAAACCUAUAAAAAAUAUUGCUCAUUCUACCUAAAACUAAAUAUACUCAUUCACUUUAAAAUAUGCCACCCAAUAAUGCCUAAAUUAUUUUUGCAAUUUUAGCAUACAAAAAAUAUUUUAAAAUUUUGAAAAGGACAAUACUCACACUUUAAAAUGUGCCACCCAAUAAUGCCUAAAUUAUUUUUGCAAUUUUAGCACACAAAAAAUAUUUUAAAAUUUUGAAAAGGACAAUACUCACUGAUUUAGAAUAUUAUGUUUGAGUUAUGAUAAUAAAUUCAUUGUAGAGGUACUAUAUUUUGUAUUGAAUUGGACAGAAAUGUAUAUUCUUAGUGGAUAUUCCCAGGAUAAGAAUUCUAGGUCGACAAAAUCUUAGCACAAAUUCCUGAAGUCAAAAUAUGCCGAUUCAAACAACUCACCUCAGAGUAAAAAACUACACUGAGAAAAAAGUCUCAACCAUAAGAAGUGAAUUGGUAAGCGCCCUCUAGAGGCAACAGUGAAAAGGUGUUCAUACUCGGGUUUCAGAUCGAUCUUUUCAUCUAAAAAUAUCAAUCUUUUAGAUCGAUCUUCUUGUGUUCCAUCUUCAUCAGGUGAAUGGAUUUUUUUCACAUAAAAUCCAAUCCAACCAAAAUACACACUGAAUAAUAUAUCUGACUAUAAUGAGAAACAAGUUUUUUCACUCAACUACGAGAGCUGUCCAAAUAAAAUGAGGUAUUAUUAAUGUUCUCUCAAGCUAGUUGGUAAUUUCUGAUCAUUCAAUUAUCAUAUUUUCAGGAGUCAAGAUCUUUUUCACACUUCUCCAUGUAUAUUGUUAAAAAUUUUCUAUGAUUUAAUCGAGGAUCGAUAUUACUGAAAAUUGAUUAUUUACCUUUGAAUUUUUUAUCGUUCCUUUUUCCAAAGAUCGCCAUUCCUAUUUCACAUCCCAAAAAACAACCUGGAAACCAAUUUUUGAAGUAAAAUUCACUCGAAAAUUUUCAAAAAUUCUGAAAGGUUCGAUUUCUAUUUUUAAACUUGACCACCCUGUAUCUUGGAAACGAAGCAAUUUCGGACAAGAGUAAGUUGCUUUAAGUCAGCUAAUCUUGACCUCAGGAAUAUGUGCUGAGAUUUUGUAUAGACCUCCCAGAGGGGCACCCUGAUAUAGCUAUAAUACUACAGAGGGUUUUUUUAUCAAUAAUUGGACAUCCCUCUUUGCCAUAGGUACUUGGUACUUCACUCAAAUGCUAUCAUAAUAGCUGGAUCUUAUGAAUCAGACAAAAAUUUAAAAAAAAAUGUAGAUACCUAGAUCUUAUAGUGUUUAAGGAAAGUUAAGUACUUGAUUCGCGCGUAAAAUGGUUGUUACUAAAGCGUAGAAGGGCCAUCUGAAAAAAUGUUGAAUGAUUUCACCUUACACCUUGCAGUAAUUCGAAACUUCUGCAGCCUACAGACUGCGUAGUAGCAGCCAUGAAACAUUUGAACAAAGCGCCAGCCAUCAUAACUGGCGCGAGCCUCUCGUGAAUUCGAAUUAGUGCAAGUUUCAAAUGCAGAAUUUCGACUAAUUGCAAGUUAUAAAGUAAUUCGUGCUUUUUUAUUGGCAUUUUCACGCAUUCGUAGAUAAAUGAUGAAGUAGAAACUAAAGUUGAGAAACUAUCGGUAGUUUUUUGAAAAUGUCCACUAUCGAAACUACCGAUAGUUUGCGAAAAUUAGGUAACCGAUAAGUUUAAAAAUGACACUACAUCUCCACCUCUCGAAUAAUAAAAAUAUAAUAUAUUUAAUUUAGUGAUCUCAUUCUGGGUACCAUGGUACCAUGAAAUGAAAAAAUACGAUGUCAUACGCAAUAACAUCAGUGAUGUAUGUGGUGAUAUCGAUCAUAGUAAAUAUUCUCAGGACAUAUUCCGAAGAUGUUCUAUGAAUAUUGUCAAGAAUAUUUUCUUAUGGAUGUUCUAACAUUCUCGAGAAUAUCCUCAGAAUCCUUAUUUGUAUAGUUGUCUUUGUCUAUGCGUAACACAUUUACUAAAUAUACCUGAUGGCUGCAGCUGCUCUACUUGCACUAGUAUGGUUCGAAUGAUGGAAAUCCCAUAAAUUGUGUUUUUCUUGUUUCUGAUAGCGAAUUCCAUUGGCAAAACUGGCUCGUACUGAGUGCAUAUCUCGAAUUCCACUGGUAAAACUGGUGUCGGGUUUUGAAUUCCAUUGGAAAACUGGUUCACGUAGUACAGAGCUCAGUGCAACAAUUCUCGCACGAGCUCUAUUUUAGGUCGUGCGAAGUCAGUGCAGUUUUGAAAAUGGCGGAAACAUUAUGAAUAGUUUGAAAACCAAAUUGUUAGUGGCAAUUUGAUUAUCAUCAUCGAAUAGUGACGAAUAGUUGGAAGUGUCGAUAAAAUAAAGGAGAUUACUUACCCAGAAUUCAAAAUUAUUUUCAUGAAACAUUUACUUUGUUCUUAAUUGAAGUCAAGAAAAAAUUUCAGGAUGAGGACUUGUUAUAAACAAUUAAAGACAAACCAACUUUCCCGAUUUAACCUCCAGCAAUAAUUUUAUUAUAUUAUCAUUUCGUAUUCCAUUGGGAAUGCACCAGUUCACAUUUUCACAAGAGAAGUAACGUAGUGCGGGUGCAAAACCGAAUGGAAUUCGCUAUAAGUGCCUGCAGACAGUUCCCGCACAUCAUCCAUUAUUUGGCUUCCAAAGUUAAACUUAUUAUUAGUCUAUAAGAGUCGUGGCAUAGACUUCGGGAGGAGGUAAUUCAAUGUUCUGCGUGGCAUAUAGCUAGGAAAGUAGUUGUUUUUCUCUCGUUAUCAAUCAGUUUCGUUCAUUUUUGAACUUUUGUGGAAAUGCAUUUGAGAUUUAUAUAUUUAUUUAGUAAUAUAAAGAAUUGAGGAAGUUGAAUAUUCUCUCUGCAUACAGACGACAGCUUAUUAUAACUCACAGUGGAAAGAUUAAUGAUAAAGCGCGGACUGCUGUUCACAUUCACAGUUUUAUAGUUCUACUGAACAAAUAACAGCUCUUUUUCUAUAAAAUGUUCAAACUGCUACAUUUUUUACUUAUUGACCUUGAAACGAACUUUCUAUCAGUAAUAGUAUUAUAUCAUUAUGAUCAAUCCAUCUGCACCUAGCAUUAGGAACGAUGCUACUUUUUUUUAACAAUCUAACCCAACUCAGCCUAAAUCUACCUUCCUAGCAAUAUUUUCGGGAAAUUACUUGAGAAAACAAAAUUGAAAUAAAACUAUUCAUGAUCGAUCCCCAGACCCCCGAUAUUUGGACUGAUCAGUAUGUCUGCUCGCAAGUAUCUGUCACUUUCAAUGAACUAUCUGGAUUUCGGAAUGAAAAGUCUGCAUAUACAGUACUGUCAGUUGAUUCGGAAUAUAGCCAGUAAUUCACAUUUGAAGAAAGAAUUUAAAUCUCGCAUUGUGUGCUUUGAAAGCCAGAAUACUGUAUGUAUUGAACUGUCGAGAGACACUCGUUGAAUUUUGAAUCAGUGACUUCUGAUCAUAUAUCUACUAUUUCUAUAUAUGGCGCAUCGCCUAUACGAUAUCUUAACGAAAAUGGGACCAAAAUUAGAGGUACUCUUUGAAUCUGUAAGGACGGAAAGUGAAGGAUGGAAAAUUUGAAAUCAGUAGCUAUAUUGUCGUAUUAUUUUUUCCCUACUUCAGCAUCAACGCCUAUUGAUCGAUUUCGUUACAGAGACAGAAGUUGGUCCCGCUUUGAGGACAGCUAUGCUUCAUAUAUGAGUAGUAGAUAUAUGCUACUGACAUGAUCACUGACUAUCUGACGAGUGACGACUGACACUUGAUAACUAUUCAGCAAUAAUAAUUGAUAAUUCGUAUGAUGAUUUGGUUCUUAAAAUCCAUGGAAUCGCCAGAAUUCGAUCAUCUAAAUCAUCUGAUUAUGAACAACACUAACAGUUGUUAGUUAUUACGCUUCCUGCAUAAUUCUAUUCGCGCCUGUCGUCAGUGACAGUGACGUUGGUGACGUUCGACGCGUCGAACACCCACCGCUUGAAGGGACUCUCGGGGCCAUCACUCGGACCUCGACUGCCGCCCGAGCUGCCCUCGGUCUUGCGCGGGGGCGACCGGCCGCCCCCGAGGGUUGGCAGGCCAGAGGGCAGCUUGGAAGGGGCGGGGCUUCUGAUCGACGUGACAGUCACGUUCUUGGCGGGCGGCUGUCUGGGCUGGAACUGAAAGGAGAG